AUGGAUUCUGAAGAGUUCCGUGAAUGGGGCAAGAAAAUGGUGGAUUUUGUUGCGGACAUGUGGGAUGGAAUCCCUCAGCGUACCCCACUUCCCGAUAGCUCUGCUUCCGAUGCUACAUUGAUUGCCUUCUACGCAGCGCGGGCCAAAGCUGUUGAAGGGAUCAAGACAAAUUUAUCCAGUUCUGAGCGCAAAGAAGACUUUGAAGAAGCACCCGAAUCCGAUGUUUAUCUCCAUCCUUUUCAUGAUCCGGCAGUUUUCAACCAACUCGUUGCAUAUUGUUCGGAUCAGGCCCAUUCGUCUGUCGAAAAAGCUGCAAUGCUUGCCGGGGUCCGGCUACGAAAAUUACGUAGUGGUAUAGACGUAGCCUAUGGUAAUUACUCGGUCACGGCAGCCACUUUGGAAGCGGCUAUUAAGGAAGAUCGUGACCGUGGAUUGACUCCUUUUAUUUUUAUUGCAACGAUCGGGACGACAAACACUUGUGCUGUGGACCCAAUUGCUAAAUUGGCCCCAAUCUGCAAUCGCGAAAAAAUUUGGGUACACGUUGAUGCAGCAUAUGCUGGCAGCUUUUUGCUUUGCCCCGAGUUCCGUUCAAUGGCUGCUGGAAUGGAAUUGGUCGACAGCUUUAAUUAUAAUGCUCAUAAGCAAAUGAUGAUCAACUUUGAUUGUUCACCUUUAUGGUUAAAGGACGGAAAGUCGGCUGUGAAAUAUUUCAAUGUGGAUCCAGUAUAUUUGAAGCAUGAGCAUCAAGCAACUACUGCCGACUAUCGCCAUCUACAAGUGGCUCUUGGGAGAAGGUUUCGUUCAUUGAAAAUUUGGUUUGUUAUGAGGACACUGGGUAUCGAAAAUAUUCAAAAGAUGCUGCGGGAUUCCUGCCAUUUUGCGGACGUUUUUGCUCAGCUCAUCAAGGACUCAAUGCUCUUCGAAUUGUUUGUACCAAAUUACCUAGGGCUUGUUUGUUUCAGGUUGAAGAAGGAAACAAAUGAGGUAAACGAAGAAUUUUGCGAAGCCAUUAACAGCGAUCGUCGCAUACAUCUGGUUCCUUCAAAGCAAAAGAGCGAAGACCAUGUUCGGUAUGCCUACGAAGUGAUCACCGAGAUUGCGCAAAAGCUGCUUGACCAGAAAGGACAC